AUGGACGCCGUGGAGGUCAGAGGGACGUUCGUGCUCGAUGGAUCGGGCGCUGCCUUAAUCCAUCUCACAAAGUGGGCCGAUCAGGAGCAACUAAGCUCAUCCACAGACGUGCCCCGACAUCAUGAGCCGCAAUUCGUCGCUAGCAAGCCCCCAACAUCAGAAUUCUUUCGCGCUGUCAAGGCUGGAACUGUGGUCACGCAUCCAACUCGCAGGAACAUGACGGCCAGACAGUACUAUGUCUUGGUGAACAACAUCCAGCACAAGCACAGCAUGACGAACUUCGGUCUCGAGGGAGGGUGGUCCAAGGAUGCAUGGGAGUCUUUGCUCCAAACAAAUGCCAAAGCCAAGACAGGACGAGCCAGCAAGGCCGUGCCCGAUGUCAUUGAAGAUGGCCUUGCGGGGGUGCCAGACGCUCCUGGCCAGCAGGCGAUUGACAAUGGCAAUCAGCGAGUAGAGGAUUUGGGCCACGGUGACUCCAAUCAGAACGACUCCAAGGAGCAUAUGGGCUCAGAGGACCCAGCGGGCGAUGACGUGAUCAUGGGCAAGAACGGUAACAACGAAGACACGUUGGAGAACGGUGGAGUGGGGAAUGACGGCGAUUGGUGCGCAGAGAACAGCGGCAGUGAGAGCGAUUCCAGCCCAGCCUGCCAUCUGCCAGCACGCCUGAGCCUGUCCACUUGGGAUUGUGGUCCGCGGACAUGGCGCGACAUGUACCUCUCGGCGUUGGAGAUGAUCGAGUGGGGAAAGAAGGGCAAAUACGGUCAGCUUCGGGGUUUUGACCUCGAUCAGUACCUCGGGGAAGGUACCGAAGGUGAAGGUGUCCUGUCCUUGCAGGGACCAUUAGAGACGCCGUUGCUGACAUUGACCAAAGACUUCCUUCGCAUCCAGGCCAUCCCAGUGCAUCCUACUCGGGUCGAGGUCCUGGUAGCUGGCGCAGCGGAUGGGGAAAAGUUCGAUUGCUGUGCUUGA